UCUAGCAGCAGAGAGACACACACACCAAAUAGCGAGCUAGACGACGACGAACGAAGAGGAGCGCCGCUUUUUCUUCAAUCGGUUCCGUAACCACAGCGCCACGGUCGUUUUGCACCGCUCUCGACAUGGCUGCCGCGUGGCGUGGGACGGUCUUUACCCUCCUCACCGCGGCUUGCGCAUCAGGCUUUGUUCAGCCAGGAUGCCCAGGAGCGCUCACAGGUAGAGAGUGGGCCAGGAGCGGGGCGACGAGCUGCGCAAGACCAGUGUGCUCGAGCGUGCUCCGCAUGUCGGAUCACACGGAGGACAGGCCAAGAACGCAGGUGUUUGAGAGCAGCGGCGGCGGGGAUGGCGAAGAGGGUUCCGCAGCAUCGAAGUCGGCUGACGCCCCAUAUGUACUGACGAAACCGAUGGACCUGGUACGAGUCCGGGGUUUCGGCAGCGGUUCGUCGGCGGGUUACUUCCCCGGGAGGGAUGGCGGCGGGAGGGGGCGGGGGGGGAGGGGGGCGUAUAACGACGGUUACGGCGGAGGCGGAGGCGGUGGUCGCGGCGGUUACGACAACUUCCAGGGGAGGGGUAGGGGCAGGGGAGGGAGGUUUGACUCGGGCGGCGACGCGUUCGGCAGGUUUGGCAUGGACGGUCGCGGCCGCGGGGGGCGUUUUGACGGCGGCGGCGGCGGCGGCGGCGGCGGCGGCGGCGGCCGCUUUGACGGCGGGGGGCGCGGCGGGGGGCGUUUUGACACUGGAGGUCGUUUCGAUGGCGGGGGACGGAGCGGGCGCUUCGAUGGGGGNUAUGGCAGUGGGCGGGGGCGUGGCGGAGGGCUUGACGAUGUUGGCGGCGGGGGGAACGGGGGCGGCCUCGACUAUGCUGCUCCUCCCACGGAGAAACGUACGGCUUUCAAGGAGGACAAGAAGAAGGCCAAGGGCUACGAGAGCAAGAACGUGCCGGACAAGGCGUCUCAGUCGGUUCUGAGGGGGCGAAAGGAUAGGCUACAGGCGGAGGCCUUGGACGAAGAGCUGUACGAUGAUGACGGUGCAGAUCUCAGCACUGACGAUGAUCUGUUCGGUGCGGCCACCGCUGCCGCCACGGCGAUGCUGGGCGAGGCCGCCGAGAAGGUAGCAGAGCCUAGCACCAAGCCCAAGGCAGUCCCCUCGACCCCGGUGGAGCGGAUCCAGCCCACGGGGGGCCGCCAGGCGCAAGCGCAGGCGCUCAAGGCUGCCGGGAGGCCGAUCCCCGGGCGGGGUCGCGGGCGAGGGCGUGGGCGGCCUAGGAGGCGGCGAACAAAAUCCAAUCAGAUUUACGCCCCUGCUCCAGCUCCUGCGGUCGUUAGGCUCCCGGGGCCUACCAUCGUCGUGAGCGACUUGGCGGAGAUGAUGGAAGUUAGGCCGGCGGAGGUGCUGAAGCACCUCAUGCUCGACCUCGGGAUCAUGGCGACGAUCACGCAGUCCAUCGAUGCAGACACGGCUCGCCAGGUUGCCAACAACUUCGAAGUGGAGGUGGAUGACGGUUCUAGCUCGUUCGACGAAGAAGAGGUGGUGUCCGUGGGCGACACGGGAACCGCAAUCGAGAUCGACGCGGAGGACACCAUGCUGCCCAGGGCGCCGGUGGUGACCAUCAUGGGACACGUCGACCACGGCAAGACAAGUCUGCUGGACGCGAUCCGCGAGACCAAGGUUGUCGCGGGAGAAGCGGGUGGCAUCACGCAGCACGUCAGCGCAUACCAGGUCAAGACUGAUGCCGGCGCCGACCUGACCUUCAUCGACACCCCCGGCCACGCGGCCUUCAGCGAGAUGAGGGUCCGCGGGGCGAACGCUACUGACAUCGUGGUGCUCGUCGUGGCUGCCGACGACGGCGUGAUGGAGCAGACGAAGGAGUCCAUCGCCACGGCACGGAUGGCGGACGUGCCUAUCGUCGUUGCCAUCAACAAGGCAUGUGUAGACAAGGAGGGUGCGGACGUCCAAAAGGUACAGAACGAGCUCAUGACCUUCGACCUACUUCCGGAGGAGUUCGGUGGGGACACCCAGGUGGCGAUGGUCUCCGCCAAGCAGAAGAGCGGCCUCGACGAGCUCCUGGAGAAGAUCCUUCUUCAGUCGGAGGUGUUGGAGCUCAAGUCCAACCCGGACCGUUCCGCGGAAGGGGUUAUCAUUGAGGCGCGCAUGGAGAGGGGGCUCGGCACCGUCGGUACGGUCCUCAUCCAGCGGGGAACCCUCCGCGUGGGAGACAUCUUCGUCGCGGGCGGGGCGUGGGGAAGGGUGAAAGCUCUCAUCGAUCACCAGGGUCGGAGGAUCAAGGAGGCGGGACCGUCGACUCCAGUACAGGUUGGAGGGUUCGACGGAGUGCCCGAUGCAGGAGACGUGUUCACGGUGGUGGACCGGGAGGACAUUGCCAGGGAUCUCGCAGAGGCGCGGCGAAAGAUCGCCAGAGAAUCGACGGCGGCUAUCCUUCAGGCAAGGUUGAAGAACGACAUGCUGUCCAUCUUGAGCGGCGAGGCUGACGAGGGCAAGGAGCUGUUCGAGCUACCCGUGAUGAUCAAGGCUGACGUGCAGGGAUCGGAGCAGGCGUUGCAGACGGCUCUCAGUGAAAUGAUCUCCGAGGAUGAGUACUUCAAGGCCAAGUGCAAGCUCCUCCCGUCCGGGGUGGGCGAGAUCACGAAGAGCGACGUGGCCAUCGCCGGGGUGAGCAACGCGUUUGUCGUGGGCUUCAAUGUCGGGGCUGACCAGGAGGCCACGAGAGAGGCGAGGGCGAACGGCAUCGACAUCGGGUACUACAGCGUCGUGUACAACGUCAUGGAUGACAUCCAGGCCAAGUUGGACGAGCUGGUGUCCCCUACCCCCGACGGGGAGUACACGGGUAGGGCCAUCGUCAAGGUCAUCUUCAACAUUGGAAAGGUGGGCAACAUCGCGGGUAGUUCGGUGGAGGACGGGGUUAUCAACAAGGGGGGUAACGUGCUGGUGAAGCGAUUGGGUCGCAUCGUGCACGAGGGCAAGCUGAAGACGCUCAAGAACCUCAAGGUUGACGCGGACAAGAUGGUCAUGGGAACGGAGUGUGGUAUCCAGGUGGAGGGCUUCGAAGACUUCCAGGAAGGCGACUUGAUCGAGUGCUACAAGAUGGACUAACUCAUGUUUUUUUGACAGCGACCUUCGUUACGGGCGAUAGUGCAGAGAAGGAGAGAAGCCAGCGGACAGCAGGAGGAUGGAUCUAGAGGAAAGAAAUUGUGGCGGGAGAGGGUGGCUCGCCCAUCAGUUGCUGUCUGAUUGCCUGGCUGGAAGGCCAAGUAGUAGCAAGGCCUCGAUUUAUGUGAUUUCUCGUUCCGGAAGAGGCGACCUGUGUCUCGUGGUAUUGGUGUCAAGGGCUACCAGACAGACCUUGUGGUCAAGCGACCAGGUGGGGGAGGUUGCGAAAGCCGCUUGCUUGCCCCUUCUCUGGUCUCGGCUGCCACUUUUUCGUUUCUGCCUUUGUUGCGUGUUUGAUUCCGUGGACGCUCCGCCCACGUGUCGUUGGUUGCCGACUGGUCGGGUUGGGUCGACCGUGGGCCGUGUCCGUUCUGUUUUUCCUGCCGCUUGCAAGGCGUGUGCCUGAUGCUGAUGUUUUGUGGAUGGCGGAGGGUAAACCCAGCUUUCGGUGCGUGUUGUGCGGAAACAUGCUUUGCGUGUGAUUUUAUGUGACAUUUUCUCUCCGAUAAACUUAGAUGCUUCAAGGAAUGGCAAGCAUGCCACAACCAUCAUGGGUACUCCUGCCCUGUACGCCUGGAAAGGGGGCACGUAGAGCCAUGAAAGUGCGGCUCGGCGCACGAAACUUGUGCUGUCGGUCUUAUCUGCGAAACUUUGUUUCCGUACAGUCUAGCGUAGCGGCAAGCACAGCGCGGGAGAAAAUGGUACGGCAGGCUCGCUAGGCGUCAUCAUGACACAGGUAUAGACUAUCGUACGACCCUAGACAUACCUCCCAAAAGCGAUGGUGGAGUUUUUUUUCAACCGUCUCUUCGUUUUCAUGUCGUGAGAUCGUGAGAUAGGGCGGUUGCGUCCAUCCCUAGCGAUUAACGGCAGUCUCAAAUGUAGAGUGGCGAGUCGGCCGGUACAUUCUUUUGGAUUGUAGGGUGAGGCUGGGCAAGGUAGGUGUGGCAGCAUCAAAGCCAGUUAACCGGAACAUGGCGAUUAGAUUAGAUCAUAUGAGCAGCUGGUGACUAAGAUGGAAUCGGGUGGAGACCUUCGUUCGUUGUCCGAGGCUCGCAAGCCAUAUGAAAACCGUGUAGCAACCAAGCCCCACACCAACGAAUACAUCGAAAUUUAGGAGCAUACAACAACUAAAAGGACCAGUCUUGUGUGAG